AUGAAGUGUCAACCACCAUCCAUCGUCAUGAACAUGCAUAUGUGGAUAUUGGCCAUACUGUCCUUCGCCACGUUUUUCACCUUAAUUGAGAUGUUCGACAAUUACGGGGAUAUAUGUACAGGCCUGUGCGUCUGCGAAGAAAGAGACGGGAUUUUUACAGCCAGCUGUGAAAACAGAGGAAUUAACAAUCUGUCUGAGGUAACGCCUUUACACUUCACUGCUUAUCAUCUUCUGCUCACAGGGAAUCUGUUAAAGAAAGUCUCCCUCAACGAUUUCGUUCAUUAUGAAGGACUCACCAUUUUACACCUAGGCAACAACGAUAUAUCAGAAAUCGAAGGCGGCGCAUUUAACGGACUCCAGGGAUUAAAACGCCUGCAUCUAAACAAUAACAAAAUCGAGGCACUAAAGGACGACACGUUCCUCGGACUUGAAAGCCUGGAGUACCUACAGAUUGACUAUAAUUAUAUUAGCCACGUUGAAGCGAAAGCCCUGAGCGAUUUACGUCACUUAGAGGUGCUCAUCCUCAAUGACAAUUUGCUAUCCGCUCUGCCAAACAACAUCUUUCAGUAUGUUCCUUUAACUCAUCUCGACCUGAGAGGCAAUCAACUCAAAGUGCUUCCCUAUAUCGGCCUUCUGGAGCACCUGAGUCACAUUGUGGAGUUACAGCUUGAAGAAAACCCGUGGAGUUGUUCUUGCGAAUUAAUUACGCUAAAAGCCUGGCUUGAAAGCAUAUCCUACACAGCUUUAGUCGGAGAUGUGGUUUGUGAGACUCCCUUCCGAUUGCACGGACGAGACCUCGACGAAAUCUCAAAGCAAGAACUGUGUCCCCGCAGAGCCAUCGCCGAAUACGAAAUGCGAGCAGAACCGGCUCACAGCAGCGAGAUCCUCUACAAAACCACGUCAGCGACGUUCACAGCGGGAUUUGCGUCCUCGACCAUCCUGCGUGCCACAAAAAGCAGCCGCUUGUCGGGAAAACUCCGUGUCAAACCCACUUCUCGCUCGUCCUCUAGCAAGCCGCAGAAUUACGGGCCAAUGUUGGCCUACCAAACCAAAUCUCCGGUUACGUUAGACUGUCCCAACACAUGCACAUGCAAUCUCCAAAUCUCAGACCUCGGGUUGAACGUCAACUGCCAAGAGCGGAAAAUCGAAAGCAUCUCGGAUCUUGAUCCCAAGCCGUACAACCCCAAAAAAAUUUACUUAACCGGAAACUAUAUCUCUUCGGUGUGCAGUUCCGACUUCAAUGGCGCAACCGGAUUGGAUUUGCUCCACUUAGGCAACAACCGCAUAGCGAUGACAGCACACAUCUCUACUCAACCACCAUCCAUCGUCAUGAACAUGCAUAUGUGGAUAUUGGCCAUACUGUCCUUCGCCACGUUUUUCACCUUAAUUGAGAUGUUCGACAAUUACGGGGAUAUAUGUACAGGCCUGUGCGUCUGCGAAGAAAGAGACGGGAUUUUUACAGCCAGCUGUGAAAACAGAGGAAUUAACAAUCUGUCUGAGGUAACACCUUUACACUUCACUGCUUAUCAUCUUCUGCUCACAGGGAAUCUGUUAAAGAAAGUCUCGCUCAACGAUUUCGUUCAUUAUGAAGGACUCACCAUUUUACACCUAGGCAACAACGAUAUAUCAGAAAUCGAAGGCGGCGCAUUUAACGGACUCCAGGGAUUAAAACGCCUGCAUCUAAACAAUAACAAAAUCGAGGCACUAAAGGACGACACGUUCCUCGGACUUGAAAGCCUGGAGUACCUACAGAUUGACUAUAAUUAUAUUAGCCACGUUGAAGCGAAAGCCCUGAGCGAUUUACGUCACUUAGAGGUGCUCAUCCUCAAUGACAAUUUGCUAUCCGCUCUGCCAAACAACAUCUUUCAGUAUGUUCCUUUAACUCAUCUCGACCUGAGAGGCAAUCAACUCAAAGUGCUUCCCUAUAUCGGCCUUCUGGAGCACCUGAGUCACAUUGUGGAGUUACAGCUUGAAGAAAACCCGUGGAGUUGUUCUUGCGAAUUAAUUACGCUAAAAGCCUGGCUUGAAAGCAUAUCCUACACAGCUUUAGUCGGAGAUGUGGUUUGUGAGACUCCCUUCCGAUUGCACGGACGAGACCUCGACGAAAUCUCAAAGCAAGAACUGUGUCCCCGCAGAGCCAUCGCCGAAUACGAAAUGCGAGCAGAACCGGCUCACAGCAGCGAGAUCCUCUACAAAACCACGUCAGCGACGUUCACAGCGGGAUUUGCGUCCUCGACCAUCCUGCGUGCCACAAAAAGCAGCCGCUUGUCGGGAAAACUCCGUGUCAAACCCACUUCUCGCUCGUCCUCUAGCAAGCCGCAGAAUUACGGGCCAAUGUUGGCCUACCAAACCAAAUCUCCGGUUACGUUAGACUGUCCCAACACAUGCACAUGCAAUCUCCAAAUCUCAGACCUCGGGUUGAACGUCAACUGCCAAGAGCGGAAAAUCGAAAGCAUCUCGGAUCUUGAUCCCAAGCCGUACAAUCCAAAAAAGAUGUACCUGACCGGAAACUACAUCUCUUCGGUGUGCAGUUCCGACUUCAAUGGCGCAACCGGAUUGGAUUUGCUCCACUUAGGCAACAACCGCAUAGCGGUCAUUCAUGAUAGGACAUUCGGCCAGCUUAUACACUUAAGAAGGCUUUACUUAAACGGCAACUUAAUCGAGCGGCUCACCGAGGAUAUGUUUUACGGUCUACAAAGCUUGCAGUUUCUGUAUUUGGAGUAUAACGUUAUUCGAGAGAUCGCAGUUGUCGCCUUCCAGCAGGUGCCCAAUCUUCAAUUGCUGUUUCUCAACAACAACCUCCUCAAGACUCUACCACUGGGAGUCUUUGAUGAAUUAAGACUAGCUCGAUUGAAUCUGCGCAGCAACCACUUCCGAACUCUUCCGGUCGCCGGCGUCCUCGAAGACCUAACGUCACUGCUGCAGAUCGAUCUCUUCGAGAACCCUUGGGAUUGCUCGUGCCUCGCGGUGGAGAUGAAAAACUGGUUGGAGCAGCUCAGCACCGGUACUAUGGUGAACAGCGUCGUUUGCGAAUCUCCGUUGAGUGUCUCGGGAGAGGAUAUGCGGUACGUUCACGCGUCUCAUCUCUGCCCGGAAAGCUCAAAUGCGCAAUCUUCCGUCGUGCCUCCCUCGGAGGAAUCCUUUCCUGGUAGUACUAUCACUUUAGAAUCAGCCUUGGAUUAUGACACACAGUAUCCCGCGGUCCCCCUUUCUGUUCUUAUACUCGCCUUGCUGCUCCUUUUUAUAUUAUCCGUGUUCGUCGCCGCUGGGUUGUUUGCUGUCAUAAUGAAGCGGCGUAAAAAGUCUGAACGCCUGGCUUCGGUAACCGCCAAUGCGAGCUCCUUCAAUGCAAUCUACACCGACAGAGCGAAGUCUAGAACAUCGACGGGCCACGUCUACGAGUACAUCCCAUCCGCAGCAGAAAGCGGUGCGAAAAACAGCCUUUAUAGUGAGGGAAGAGCAAUCGAGAGUUACAGAGACUUCGAAGAACUCAAUAGAGUUCUGGCAUCCAAUUCGGAUGAAGACGUCGGGAGCAACGCGAUAAGCUCCGAGUUCAGCGCCGGCACUCCAGACGCGCUCAACAGACACUCUCCUCUCUUGGACGACAACUACUUUUACCGAGAUAUCUUGGCUAGGGACCAGCAGGCCUCUUACAGGGGUAAUUUAGCAUGUAAGCAUGGCACACAUGCAUCAGCUCACUGCGCGCCAGACUUUGAUGUGAGACAUCAAUACUUGAAUCCAGAAAGGGUACAGCAGACCAUGGUGUACUGCUCGAUGCCAAACACCGUCUGCAUAGAGCCCAACAGAAGCGAAUACUGGGAACUGAAAGCCAAGCUUCAUUUCGAACCGGACUAUUUAGAGGUUCAUGAGAAAAGGACGACCUUCACACAGUUCUGA